AUGGAAGCCAAACGGAGUCGCCUGCUGACCACAGCUCGUCCUUAUCUUCAAGUCCUAUCCAUAUUUGGUCUAACACCUCCUGCCGAAUUCUUUACCAGGACUCUUCGCAAGCGACGCAGGAUCUGUUGGAUUGCAGGAUACAGCCUGUAUUUAGUUGCAAUUCUUCUGAUGGUUUUCUAUGAAUGCCAUGCGAAUAUUGUGUCCCUGCAUCUGGAAAUUCAUAAAUUUCACGUGGAGGAUUUCAGCAAAGUAAUGGGAAGGACACAAAAGAUUCUUAUAGUAGCUAUAGCAACUUGCAAUCAACUCAAUAUACUACUAAACUAUGGGCGUCUUGGAUUAAUCUACAAUGAAAUUGCGAAUCUAAAUCUAGAAAUAGGUAAGGCCUCGAAGGAUUUCUGUGGCAAGAGGCAUUGGUGGAGCUUCCGACUCCGACUGGCGCUUUCCAUUGGUCUGUGGAUGGUGUUCAUCAUAGGUGUUAUACCACGUUUAACUCUUGGACGCACUGGACCCUUCUUUCACUGGGUGAAUCAAGUAUUCACCCAGAUAAUUCUUAUAAUGCUUCAACUCAAAGGCCCCGAGUAUUGUUUAUUUGUUCUACUGGUUUAUGAACUUAUUCUAAGGAUGCGCCAUGUCCUGGAGCAGCUAAAGACUGAUCUCGAGGACUUCGACUGCGGAGCCAGGAUUCAGGAGCUGUGUGUGACCUUAAAGCAGAACCAAUUGCUCAUUGGACGUAUCUGGAGAUUGGUGGGUGAGAUUGGAGCAUAUUUCAGAUGGUCCAUGACGCUGCUGUUUCUCUACAAUGGACUGACCAUUUUGCACGUUGUCAACUGGGCUAUCAUUAGAUCCAUCAAUCCAAACGAUUGCUGUCAACUGAAUCGUUUGGGAUCUAUUACUUUUCUGUCAUUCAAUCUUCUGCUGACUUGCUUUUAUAGUGAAUGUUGCGUAAAAACUUACAAUAGCAUAUCACACAUCCUUCAUCAAAUUGGUUGCUUGCCUACAGCUGAAGAAUUUCAAAUGCUCAAAAUGGGUCUCAAGGAAUACAUCCUGCAAAUGCAGCACUUGAAGCUCCUGUUCACGUGUGGAGGCUUAUUCGACAUCAAUCUCAAGUUAUUUGGAGGGAUUCUGGUUACUUUAUGUGGUUAUGUAAUUAUUAUAGUUCAAUUCAAAAUUCAGGAUUUUGCUCUGAUCAGCUACAGACAAAAUACUAGCAAUACGUUCUAA